AUGUGAAUAAACAUGAAUUUCUGUAUUGUUGCAGUGUGUGUGGUCAUAGUGUAUAUCCGACCAUCCCAUUUUACUGUAUGACAAAGUUCGCCAUCACGGCCAUGACUGAAGGACUGAGGAGGGAGUUGAGGGAGAUGAAGUCACACAUCAGAGCGACGUGUAUUUCUCCUGGAUUGGUGGAGACAGAGUUUGCUGUACGCCAGAAUAAAGAUGACCCACAAAAGGCUCGAGAUCAAUAUGCCAGUAUUGAGUGCCUGCAAGCCAAGGACAUUGCUGAUACAGUUCUGUAUGUGUUGGGUGCCCCACCACAUGUGGAGAUUAAUGACAUUUGGAUGAGGCCAACAGAGCAGACUAAUUAACAGACAAGGAUCUGCCAAAUGGAUGAUAUAUAUGUAGAUAAUCCCCAAACAUGUAUGAAGUGUUAGAUUAGUUAGAAUGGUUUAGCCCCCCUCACCAAUGGAACAGUCGACGCAUGCGCACUGGGCCCUUGGGGCAACUCCGGUUUGAGACCUACAGGGAGUGAAAACACGUUGUCAUCUACG